AUGUACUCGACAUUCCUGCCAACCACAAAUCCGAAGACCGCAACAAUGGGGAAAGAGAGGAGGGAGGAGAAGAAAGAGGAAGAGGAAGAGGAGGAAAAGGAGGAAGAAACGGAGGAGGAAGAGGAAAAGGAGGGGGAGGAGGAGAAGGAAGCGGAAGCUGGCGAGUGCUGUUUAUGGGGCUCCCUGGAGAGGACGUCACUCAAGCGGCUGCACAACAGGAUCCCGGACGUGCCAUGCGUGUUCAUCUGCCGCUCGCUCUACCAGCCGAAUGAAAGGCACGUACAUGUGUGCAAAGUCACAAACAAGUCAGAAGACCAACAACAAUCCGUCGUGAAAGCGACUAGGGACGGAUACAAAAAGCAUCGGCCGCAGGACCCCACACACAAACUGCACUGCACUGCACGUGACAAUUCAGCUGAGCACGAGGCCUUGGUUGACGCGCCCCUCCCCUUCUGA